GCAACGUUCGUUCGAGCAGAAGGAAUCUGCGUGUCCGGCGGUUCGCUUAAAUGAAGUUUACUCGUAUGUUUGGUUCGUAUGUUGUGAGAAGUAUUAAAAUGUGUAAAUAUAAACAUCGGCACGGAAAUAUUGCGUACAGUACCACAGCAAAUCCAAGCUCAGCUAAUUAUUGCUUGAAUACUGUGAGGCAGUUCGACUACGAGAACUUUAUAUGCACUUUGUUACUCCCGAGCAACUAUCGGACCUCAGCGUUUGCGAUCCGUGCCUUCAACAUCGAGGUGGCUAGAGUCCAGGACAGUGUCAGCGACAGUCAAAUUGGGCAGAUGAGGAUGAAGUUUUGGGAGGACACCAUCGAGAAAAUAUACGCGGACAGUAAUGUUCCCCAGCAUCCCGUUGCGGCGGAACUAUACAGCGCGUCCAAGAGGCACAAACUGACCAAGAGGUUCCUGAAGCGCCUGAUCUCGGUGAGAGCAGCGCAGCUGUCGUCUCCCACCUUCCCGGAUCUCGACGCGGCCGAGCUGUACGCCGAGGCGUCCGUCUCGUCCGUCUACUACCUCUUGCUCGAGUCCGCAGGCCUGCAGAGCGUCCGCGCCGACCACGCGGCCAGCCACCUGGGCAAGGCGCAGGGCCUCGCCAACCUGGUGCGCGGGACGCCGCGCCAGGCCGCCCGCCGCGCGGUGGGCCUCCCACGGGACGUGCUCGCCAGGCACGGCGUCCCCCACGAGGCAGUGUUCCGGGCUCGCUCAUCCCGGGCCCUGCGGGACGCCGUGCUGGAGGUCGCGCACCGCGCCAAGCAGCACCUCGAUAAGGCACGGUCGCUCGGCAAGCAAGUGCCCAAGGAGGGGCGUUGCUUGCUGCUCCCCGCCGUGGCUGUCGGCUCGUACCUCGACCGGCUGCAGGCGGCCGACUUCGACGUGUUCCACCCGCGGCUGCGGCAACGAGACUCGCUCCUGCCCCUCCGCCUCUACUGGAGGAAGCUGUUCUCCGAGUACUAGUCCACGCUCGGCUCCGUAACCGCGUACGGGGGUAAUCCAACCUGAGGUCCUGAGUUCGUGCAACACAUUAACAUCUGCGUCUACGAUUAGGCUCUAGGGACUCGUAGAGAGGUGUGUUACUUUUUAUUGCUAAUUUUUGUUCACAGGUAAUCCAACCUGAGGUCCUGAGUUCGUGCAACACAUUAACAUCUGCGUCUACGAUUAGGCUCUAGGGACUCGUAGACUGGUGCCGAUGAAGAUGGCACCAGUUGAGAUAAUCGUACUGAAAAACUAGACUUGAACAAGUGCUUUGUCUGACAUUUAGUGUAGUGUGAUCAUUAAUGACGAUUAAUGAAGUGUUACUUCCUGGAUGGCAGCUUUUUAAAAAAAAAAAAAAAAAAUGUUGCCCGCAUUUAUCAUUUAUCUGUAUUCCUCACAUUUCUAUUUUAUAAAGAUGGGACAAGACUCAAAUCUUGAGCCGAGCCAAGUUGAGUUUAUUGUUCUUGACUGAGCAAGACUCAACAGAAUUUUAUUCAACUCAAUACACUAGACACAUGAAACAAACAUAAAAUCGUGUACUGCUAUUAAGCAAUUGUUUUUACAGUGAAAUGAUGAUUAAUGUCCACACUAGUUACAUUUUUCUGCCAACUAUGCAUACGGUACGGCAUAUUUUACACAGUCCAGAAAAUGUGUGUGCCGCUAUUUGCAUAUCUAAUCUAUGCCAUUUUGGAAUGAAAUACUAACAGUACAUCAGAGAUUUGUAACACAGCAAACAAUUUUCUACUUCAGUGUCAAUCCAUAGUAUCAAUGGUCAGCACGAACGUAGCAAACCACUGUUGUAUCUUCAUAUCUUUGAUUGUCUAAUCAAAAUGUCAUACCGCUUUUUGCGCUUCUACACGACACACUUAAGCUAUUUGCAUCUAAUUGAUGCUAUUUUUUAAAUACACAAUGUGAUGUUUAAAAAUGCCUAAGUAGUGUCAUAUUUGAAGUGGAAUAAAUUGUAGUUAACCAGAAGAUGGUGGAAGAAAAUGGAAAAUUAAAACUUGAGUUAAAUUUUUUUUGUUUACUUUUUAUUUUGGUAAUUUUAUAGUUACAGCAUGAUUUUUAUAACUCGUCUAUGAAUGGUGUUAGAAAACCUUGAUUCAGUUAUUUAAAUAGUUACAUUACAUAUUCUGGGAAUAUAAACGUACUUAAGUGUUAUGCAUGUUAGGUUACGUCAGAUAUAUACACAUUUAAUACGCCUACGUACAUAAUAUGCAAUACAGAAUUCAUGCCGCCAACACAAUCUGCAUAGCACUUAAGAAUAUAGUUUUUCCCAAGAAAUUUGCAUAUUAAAUUGAAUUUUUCAUCAAAACAUAUAAUCUUUAUGGUUGAGAAUGUUGAACAUGUACUUAAUGCAUUUUGAUUUGGGGACAGGAAUGUAUCAGAAUUAUCUAAUUAAAAACAAACCAUUUUCCAGAAAACGAUGAAAGGUUGUAGAAUUGUGAUCAGCCUUUAUGUUACAUACAUACAUACUAUAGAACAGGACAAGAAACAUGUUGACUUUCUUCGUAUGUUACAGUUAAUAUUUUAUUUCUAAAUAAAAAUGGUUUCAACAUACAUUCUACUUUCUACCGUAACAAGUUUUAUUUACAAAUCAGUACACAUUUAAGUCCAAAGUUAUUGAGUAAAACAAUAAAUUCAGUAUUAUUAAAAUAGUACCCAAUGCUUUCAAUAACAACCCAAUGGCACCUAAUUUUUUUUUUUAUAAUUCAUUUUACUUUUUAGAUUAAAAAAAAAUGUAAUGAUAAUGAGCUGUUUUUACUCACAAGACUCCUAAAUUACAUAUGUAAUGUUCAAUCAAUACUAUAGUUUUAGAUUGUAAGGUUCUUUAUUUUUGUUUGAAGGAAAAAUUCCCCAGGUUUCUUUCACCGUCCAUUCUGACUUGUGUAGGAACGACGCUCUUCCAGUCGGGAAGUUCGCGAGACGCAAGGCCGGCAUCACUACGCACUCGGGUGAUGGUGCUAACCAAGGUUUCGUCUCCGGCACAACCGUCCCGGCAGCAGGGAAGCAAAUCAAUAAAACCACCACACCCUUCUUGUCACUGUUCCGGCUGCGCUAUGUUCAAGUUGAACACUCUUGCGGUGUGGUCAUCUGACGCGGUGACGACAAUCCUGCCAUCC